AUGGCCCGGGGCCCGGGCCUCGCGCUGCCGUCGCCGUGGCUCCUGGUGCUAGCGGCGGUGAUCGGCCACGCGGCCGCGCAGAACCAGUGCGUGUGUCCCACCAACAAGAUGACCGUGUGCGACGAGCGCGACCUGAGCGGCCGCUGCCAGUGCCGCGUGCUCGGCUCGAACCAGGCGGUCAACUGCUCCACGCUCACGUCCAAGUGCCUGCUGCUCAAGGCGCGCGUGCGCGCCUCCCACAGCGGCCGCGCGCUGGUGCGGCCGAGCGAGCACGCGAUCGUGGACAACGACGGCCUGUACGACCCGGACUGCGACCAGCAGGGGCGCUUCAAGGCGCGCCAGUGCAAUCAGACGUCGGUGUGCUGGUGCGUGAACUCGGUAGGCGUGCGCCGCACCGACAAGGGCGACCUGAGCCUGCAGUGCGAAGAGCUGGUGCGCACCUAUCACAUCCUCAUUGACCUGCGCCCCCGCCCAGACGCCCCCGCCUUCAACCACUCGGACCUGGACGCCGAGCUGCGGCAGCUCUUCCAGCAGCGCUACCUGCUGCAGCCCAAGUUCGUGAGGGCCGUGCACUACGAGCACCCCACCAUCCAGAUCGAGCUGCGCCAGAACUCGUCGCAGAAGGUCGCCGGCGAGGUGGACAUCGGCGACGCGGCCUACUACUUCGAGAGGGACGUCAAGGGCGAGUCUCUGUUCCUAGGCUCCCGCGACCUCAACUUGAGCGUAGGCGGACACCCCCUGGUCCUGGAGCAGAUGCUCAUCUACUACCUGGACGAGAAGCCCCCCCAGUUCUCCAUGAAGCGCCUCACCGGCGGCCUCAUCGCCGUCAUCGUGGUGGUCGUGGUGGCGGUGGUCGCCGGCGUGGCCGUCCUGGUGAUCACCAAUAGGAGGAAGUCGGGAAAGUACAAGAAGGUGGAGAUCAAGGAACUGGGGGAGAUGAGACAGAAACCGACCUUGUAG